AUACAAUUAUAUAUUAAUCACAUAUAUUUCACUUGUCUAUCAAUUUUGAAUAAAGGCUGUAUACAUUGGAAUCCUCAUCGACACUAUAUAUAGAGAUUAGCGCACUGAUCGUUACGGGUCUAUUAUCAAUUAGAUAUAUCAUCAAUAAUGGUGUCAUGUUCUAGUUUAAUUGGUGCGGUUAUGCGCCGUUGUGUACCCGGACCUUUAGCUUCCUAUCGACUUUUAUCUAAGAUACCUGGAGGAUGCGGUGUGUUAGAUCGUCAUUUCAAUGGCUUCCGCAGUCUCCAUGUGUCUUCUACUCUUCUGGAAGUUAAGACUAUGAAAUUGCCAUCUCUUGGUGACUCCAUCAGUGAGGGCACACUAAGUGAGUGGAAGAAGAACGUGGGUGAAUCAGUGGAAGUCGACGAGCCAAUUGCCAUAGUGGAGACGGACAAGGUCACUGUUGACAUUAACAGUACAUUAUCUGGUGUAAUUGUUAAGCAACACUAUGAAGUCGACGACACUGUGCUUGUCGGCAAGCCUUUCAUCGACGUUGACGCUGGCGGCUCCGCCGCCGCUCCUGCGGAGACUGCAUCUGGUGUUGACUCAAAAUCACCGGAACCCGUCGCUGAGGUUAAAGCUGAUGAACCAGCUCCAACAGAAACUAGGGUACAAAUGACCCGUAUGCGCAAACGCAUUGGCGAGCGUCUUAAGGAAUCUCAGCAGACUACCGUCAUGUUAAGUACGUUCAACGAGUGUGACAUGGAUGCUAUAAUGGCCCUUCGUAAGGAGUUGAAUGAAUCUGGGAAGUACCCUGUUAAGCUGGGAUACGUCUCAGCCUACAUGAAGGCUUCCACUAUGGCGUUACUCAAGAUGCCCAUAAUGAACUCCUACAUUGAGGGUGAUGACAUCGUGACAAAGCACUUUGUUGACAUCUCAGUUGCAGUGGCUACGCCCACGGGCUUGGUGGUACCUGUCAUUCGUAACUGCGAGGGCAAGAGCUGGAUAGAGCUUGAACAGCAGUUAGUUGAUGCCGCCGCCAAGGGUCGUGAGGGACGCCUUACAGUGGCCGACAUGACCGGCGGUACCUUCACCAUAUCCAACGGCGGUGUCUACGGCAGUGUGCUAAGCACCCCAAUCAUUAACCCACCUCAGUCAUCCAUUUUGGGUAUGCACUCAAUCAUUAAACGCUGCGUCGUGCGUGACGACCAGAUGGUCAUACGUCCAAUAAUGAACUUGGCCCUGUCUUACGACCACCGUUUGAUUGACGGCCGUGAGGCCGUGCAGUUCCUAAUUGCAAUUAAAGAAGCCAUUGAAAACCCGAAGGUCUUACUAGAAAACUAAGAUGCAAAUCGCUAAUCACAAUUAAUA